GGAACCCGGUUUUUAAGAAAAGAAUAAGUUUAUUAAGAAAUGAAAGCUUAACGUAUCUUUUCAAUAAAAGGGGAGGCGUUGGUGUAUUCCCCGAUAUACACAACCAAACAAGUAUGGACAGUGUGUGUAAUACUAUAAGUGGGGAGCAGUAUGACUGUGCCGACUGGAGUCAGUGUUGUACAAACGCUUGGAAAUGUUGUGAAACACAAUUGAAAAAACCUACAAAGCCUCGACAUGGGCUCUGUCCGCAAACAUGGGACGGAUGGGCAUGCUGGGAUUUCACAGAGGAAGGAACAACAGCAAAUCAAGUGUGUCCAUCAUUUUUGAAAUAUAUAAUUUUGGAAAUGAACCCUAAGGUUACGAAGCAGUGUACCAUUAACGGCACGUGGUGGGUGGACCCUUCGUCUCAUAUGGAGCGCUCUGAUUACACCACGUGUGUCCCCACAGAGUACCGAAGUCUGCUCAAGGUGUAUAAAAAUUCAAUAAUUGUCGGGAUAUCGCUGAAUGGCGUUGGAAUACUGCUUUUGGUACCGGCAAUUGUAGUCUUCAUCUUUUACAGACAGUUACGUCGACAAUUGCGGAUCCGAAUCCAUAUCCACCUUUUCAUUUCGCUUCUGGUAUAUGGAGUGAUCUGGAUGUUCUGGGAUGUAUUGGUCAAGUACAACAGACUUGUCAAUGACGGUACCCACUCUCUCGUACACACUGACCAGAACAGCUGCAAGUUCCUAAACAUCCUCCGGCGGUUCGCUCGAAUUACGCCCUUUUUCUGGAUGUUGUGUGAGGGGUUCUUUCUGCAUACCUUACUGAUGAAGGCAUUCGAGGCCCCUAAACACAUUGUCGGCUACUACAUUGUAGGUUGGGGAUGUCCCGCCUUUUUUGCCGUACUUUAUGGAAUUUUACGAAAAAUGUUAGCUGACGACCAGUCAUGUUGGAUCCAACCGCCAGAGGGAGCCAUUCGUGGUAUUGAGUGGAUUAUUACUGCCCCAAUGUUGAUAUGUAUAGUGAUAAAUCUGUUCCUGAUGUUAAACAUAAUGAGAAUUGUUAUCCGACAAGUGUCUUCUCAUCCACAAGAACCCAGAAGUUACAGGCAGGCGAUCAAGGCGACAUUUAUACUAGUGCCACUGUUCGGUGUUCACGUGUUCUUCAUAAUCUACCUGGUGCCACCCGAUCAGACGGCUUUCGAAUUUUUCCAGAUGGCGUCUACAAUUGUAUAUAAUUCACAGGGAAUAGUCAUAUCCCUGAUAUACUGCUAUUUCAACGGAGAGGUAUUAUCGCUCAUCAAAGCCAGUUAUAGAAUACGUAGAGACUCCGCUUUCCAUGGCGACUCUAGACGGAGUUUGACAUAUCAGUCUAACCUGCGACGAUUUUCUAACGCGUCUUCAGAUAUACAAACUGGUGGUCAGUCCAACCGAACGUCACUAAGACGGAACAGUUCCAGCGGGUGUUUAUUUCCGAACGGGGAUCAAUCGGAUUCCAACAAUAUACGGUUAUCUGUGAUAAGUGAAAAUGGACACAUUAGUGAAAAUGGAGAUAUUAGUGAAAAUGGAAAUAUAACAGAAAAUGGAAAAAUAAAUGAAAAUGGAAAUAUAAGUGAAAAUGGACAUAAAAAUGAAAACGGAAAUAUAAGUGAAAAUGGAAAUGGACAUGUUAACCUAGCAUUCAGCGCUGACAUUACAGAAGAAGAAAAAAUAUGAACACAAAGAAAAGGCUGUUUAUAUUAGUUUCUUAGCUACAUCGUUAACUCUCUUAAAAGUAUUCCAAUACUAUUUUUUGGGGUAUAAAGCAUAAUAAUAAUAAUAAUGAUGAAUUGUUUCGUGUACUAUGAUUUUCUUAGAAAGGUUCUUUAAAAAGUUAUAUGUUGAUUGUAAUUCGUACUAGAGUUAAACGUCAAUCGGAUAGUUUCUCUUUUGUGUAUGUAUAUCAAUUUUAUUUGCCAUUCGAUGCUCAUCGUUUGGCCGAGCAAAAUACCAUGGUUGUUAUAAAGAUUUCUACAUAGAAAUGAGAAAUAGACGAUAGAAGCAUACAUUUUCCCGAUACUCACCGUCCCAAAAUCUUAACAAUAAAUACACAU